GACCACAACCACUGACUAUCAACGAGGUCCAUGAUUACUAGGCUCUGCUAUUGCUGUCUGGAUUGUUUAUGAGCGACUGCUGGUUAUUUACGAUUAGCUUAUGACGCGCUCUGUUCAUCUACGCUCGACUACUACCCCUUUCCUGUUUCGUUCGGGACUGCGACAUCUUUACAUCUUGCUUUGUGCGCGGUUGGUUUGGGGGCAGUUUACUUCUCAGCCAAGAUGGGGUCAAGCAACUGCAGUAGUUAAUAACGUGUUAUUCGUCUCGGGAGGCAAGACGGACCAAUUUGGCUCGUAUUCGUACACGUCGGCGCCAACGACGAACGAUCUCUUCACUUUGGACUUAUCGAGUAGCUUUGACCCUACUUCUCCGCCUUGGAGGUAUAUAUCCGGAUCGCAGAAUACAUCGACGAAUCAGGGGCAGGAGCUUGCUUGGCAUAGUCUUGCUGCGUAUAAUACGAGCCAGAUGCUGUUGUUCGGUGGGGAUGGAGGGCCGAACUCGCCGAUUGUGUUGCCGAGUCAGGCGAACUCUGCAGCUUUGUUGGAUGUUAGCAAUAUCAAUACGCAGACUUCGGAGUGGAUUAUGGAACAGGAGGGAUGGGCAGGUGAGCCGAGUAGGAGGAUACAUCAUACGACUGCUUCGGUUGGUGGGAAGGUGUAUUUGGUUGGAGGGGAGAAGGACGAUGGUUCUUCGUUGGGUUAUUCAGAUCAUUAUGUCUUCGACCCGAGCGUUCCGAGUUUCACGAAAUUACCUAGUGAGAAUGGGCCUCCGGAUAUAUAUGGACAUGGAUCGGUCGUACUUUCGGAUGGGAGGGUGCUGGUGUUGGGUGGGUAUUCGCAGAGUGAGGGGAGUCUUGUGCCGUUCACGACGAUUUGGAGUAUCGAUACGACGCAGGCGACUUUAACUUGGAAGUUGGAGAGUGUUGAUUCUGGGAGUGGUGUGCCCGGUGGACGAAGAGCGUUUGCGUAUACGUGGCUUGAGGGAGAUAAAUUGUUGAUACAUGGUGGGUCGGACGCUCAGUUUCAGACGAGUUUGAGUGAUGGGUGGGUGUUGGAUACGAAGGCGAGCCCGAUGAAGUGGUCGAAUGUGUCUGCGUUGACGCAGCUUGGAGCGAGGAGGGAUCAUUUUGCGGUACAGGUUGGGAGUCAGGUUGUUUUUGGUUUUGGCUAUGGGACGAACGCGGGUGCACCUGUCGCACUUUCUGUGUUCGACUUUGACAAAGGCUCCUUCACGUCAUCCUUCUCACCUCAGUCCGGUCCUUCGCUCACUACACUUCCCGUCCCUGGAGGCACGGGUGGUUCCUCACCAGGAGGUCCUAACGGUUCUGGCGGCUCAAAUCCUACUGGCACAGGAACUCGUCCAGGCUCCUCACCCACCGGAUCCGAUCCAAACGGCGGAGAUGGAAACGGCGAUGGAGAGAAACAUACUGCUACUAUCGUCGUUGCGAGUAUAUUUAGUGUGUUAGCAGUUGCACUAGCUGCUGGGUUCCUCGUCGUCGUCAUCAUUCGUCGCCGACGCGCACGCGAGCAGCAAUUCCAUCUUAUACAGAACGACGACGAGCAGCAGAGUCCUGACGGAGCUUCGCCUUCAGCGCCUUGGGAACUUGCGGGUAUAGCGAUCUUACCUUGGUUGAGGACUCGAAGGGCGUUAGCGAGAGGUGAGAAGACGCGCGUGGCGGAUAAGAAGGAGGGGUGGACUGUACUUGGACUUGGACGACCUAGGCAGAGGAUUGAUAUGCUUGCGAAUGAAGACGCUUCGGAAUUGGGGGUUGCGCAUCGGGCGAGGAGGUUUGGGAGUGGGAGUUCGAGGAGUUGGUAUAGCGUCCACGAUGCUCCAUCUAUACAUGAGCGAUAUGCGAGUGCGGGGUCGAGUGGAUCCUCUAUCGUGCGGAUUUUCAGCGGGUCUCUGAAGAAUAUGGGUGCGGGUGUUAGGCGUAUCGUCAGUGGGGGAAGCGCGAGUACGAAGGGACGGGUACAUGGGAGACAGUGGACGGACGUCUCCCUCCCUCUGGAUCCGUUUGAUGCGUAUGAGGAUAGUGAAGGGUUGUUAUUGAGUGAUAAGAGUCAUCAUCCGUACGAGCCCGGAGGACUUUCGGACGACGAAGGGGAUAUCGCGCUUGCUGCGAGGCCGAGAGGAGGAAGGCAGGAGAGUUCGCAUGUGUCGAAGUAUUCUGAUCCAUUCCGUGACCAGGACCAGGAUCGAGAGAAGGAAGGAGUAGUACUGUUCGACGCGUCUGCUCGGAGAUCAUUAGACGAAGCUGGACCUUCGUCCCCUUCUCCUCUUCAAGGACAACGCGAAGUGGAUCCUCGUUCUUCUCAAUCUACCUUAUCCCAUUCAUCUGCCAUCCCUCAACUUCCUCCUCUCGUAACGACCGCGUCGAAGAGUACACAAAGCAGCUCGAAUGGGCCAACGUCGUCUUCCCUUUUAGACGGGAGCAGUGGCGGUCACACCACUUCCACCUCCUCCCACCAAACUCCUGCAUCACCCAAUAGUGCUCGACCACGAACAACAUCAAUCAUCAGUGGAUCUAUUGUCGGUGUACCGUCGAGCCCCGUGAAACGCUCGGAUUCGUGGUGGACGAGGUUUAAACGAACGACGUCGCUCCGAGAUAGCUUACAAGACCAAGCGAGGAGUGCUUCGACGUCGAGGACGAGGAUGGACUUGGAUUUCCGAGAUCCGAACCCUCCUCCUGGACGGUUGGGAGCGAUUAAGGAGGCUAGUGGGGGGUCGAGUGGGUCUCCUGAUUCGCCUACUGCUUCGAAGUUGAUAGGCUCGCUGGGAUUAGUUGGUUUAGGACAAACACCAAGGUACCAAGGACAGGGACAAGGACAUGAGAAGACACCCUCGAAAGGAGAAAAAGGAGAAGGGAGGAGGAUAUACUCGACAAGUGGACACGAGCAGAGUACGACGAGUUUGAAGACGAGUCGGACGGCUGACUCGGCGAAGCUUGAGAAGCUGUUCGGUGCAGGGAGGGGAGUGGACGUUGCGCAGAGGGAGGCAACUGGGACUACGACGUCGAGUAUUAUUGGUGAUGCAGCGAGUCUCGUGGAAAGUGAGGGGAGGAGUGGACAUGAGAGGGAGGGGACGUGGUCUUCCCUUGGAGCUUAUGAACCGGACAGGACGCUGGAUAUUGCAGAGGCGAAUUUCUCUUUGACUUCGCCGUUUGGGGAUGAUAACGAGGAAGGGAUCGUACAGUCCCCGACCGAGAUCGUCGCUCCCUCGUUCGAUCGACUUGACGGUGUAGAGAGCUCAAUUCGAGCCAUACCAAAAGCUCAAACACAAUCCUCCGCAUCCACCUCCCUCCUAUCUACCCCACCUCCACCAUUCCCACCGUCCCUAAUAGGCUCGAUAUCAAAGGGUAAGACUCCCGUCUCGCCUGGUACGGUCGCUGCCCGUGUUGCGGAUUACGAGAGGAGGAUGUCUUUGGAGAUAUUCUCGUCUCCUUCUGCUUCUUCUCCGAGUUCUACGUCCCUUUCUCUUUCUUCUUCUUCCAAUAACAACAAUAAUAAUUCGAAUUCGACGCCGACGAGGACACCUAGGUCGCAUGAUUACGCUUUAACUCAAACUCAAGGACAAGGACAGGUGCAGAGUCCGACGCCCGGGAGACGAAAAACGCGGUCGAACGUGAAGUAUGGGCUUGUCACGAGGCCGGAGUUGUUUGUUGCGAACCCGGAUGGGGAGAGAGGGUCGAUUAGUGGGGUUUCUGAAUCGUGAGGUUUGGGUUGGGCUUUGUUCUUCUCCUUUGCGGUCUUUCCGUGUUCUGUUUUUGAGUCAAGUUCUGUUUGCUUUUUUUUUCAAUUUUCAAUUUUCAUGAUCUUUAUUGCUGGUCCUUCCCCCCCCCCCUUCCCUUCUUGUUGGGCUUUAUGCACAUUCACUAGUUGGUUGGUUGGAUGGAUCCUUCUUGAAUACGUUCCGUGCUUGCUCGUUCCAACAUUUCGUUUACCCUUUCCCCUCCUCUUUUUCUUCUUCACUUCUUCGUCUUCGAAAACACCACUCUUGACGACCUCCUUACGACACAGACAUUCUACUUCUUCAUUUUUUUUCUGUUCUGAUUCUAAUUCUGAUUCUGAUACACACACGAAUCUGUUACGAGCCCCAUCAUGUCAUGAUAUUAGUUAGAUACAAGGACUUGUUUUGCUAUUGAUAUUGUAAUAAUGUAUGUACACGCUUGUAUAUGUUUUUGUUUUUGUUUUUCCUUUUAACAUUCUGUUCUGCUCUAUUUCCUUGGUCUGCUUUGAUUGAUGGAUUGGUUGGUUGGAGGUAGAAGGAGGAUAAGCCUAUUAGGAAGGAUGGAUGGGUUCUUGGUUGUGCUCUGUUUUUCUUGAUGUCUUUUGAUGUUAAAAGCCUCUCGUGCUUUUACGGUGAGGUAGGAAGUAGUGUAUAGAAUGAA